AUGAAUUUAAUUUAUGGAUUUUAUAUCCAUUCUGAUAUCUUAAAAUCGGAUUUACGUUGUUCAAGUAAAUAAACCAAAAAAAAACUUUGCUUUGGCUGUAAAUGCGGAUGGUCACACUGCACUGAACAAAUCAGCUGCGAAGAAAAUGAAAGAAUUCUAUGUGACAAGUAUUAUUAUUCGUUUCGCGUAUUCCGUGCAUGCGGGUUGUGAACUUCGGUUUGAGUGCGGUUAAGUAAAAUUAUAAACAUAAAUAUAAAAUAUAGAAAAUAAUAUAUAAUAUAUGUUUUACGGUUGUAAAACAAAUAAUAUGGACAAAAAUAUUUCAUAAAAACAAAAUUUUUGGUAUUAAUAAAAACAAAUCAAGCACAGAAUCUGUCUUAAUUAACGAAUAAAUUUGAGUUGUGUAACAUCUCGAGGAAGCACAAGAACGAUGACUCUGGAAAACACUGGUAAAUUGGAGCAAAAUAAUGUUUCGGAAAAUGGUGCCGAGUGCGGUAAUGGGAUUGUACCUGCUGAUCCUGAGACCAUUACUAAAAAGAAAGGAAAAAAUUUGAAAGGCAAUAAAAAAGCUCAUCUAACCAAUGGACACGCUAUUGAUAAACCAAAUAAAGCUGAAACGCUUUCAGAUACGAAUGCAAAUGUAGUCGACAGCACAAAUACGGAUAUAUCUAUUGAAAAUGAAUCAAAACAGAAUGAUAAUUCUUUGAAUGAUAAAGAUAAAGUAGAUAUAUUAAAAAAAGAGUCUUCGGAAGGUGAAGAUUCAUCCUCAGAAAGCAUUGAUUUAGAUGUUUUACACGACGCUGGAAUUUCUAUUAACAUUCAAAGCCCCGGCGCUGAAAUGCUUACCAUUCAGUUAUCUAGUAUGGAACUUGUACAAGAAAUACAUCAGUUACUUAUGGAUCGUGAAGACACAUGUCAUCGAACAUGUUUCUCAUUGCAGCUAAAUGGUGUUACAUUAGACAAUUUUGCAGAGCUAAAAUCAAUUGAAGGUUUGAAACAUGGAUCCACGAUAAAAGUAAUGGAAGAACCUUACACGAUGCGUGAAGCUAGAAUUCAUGUACGUCAUAUACGAGACUUAUUAAAAAGUCUUGAUAAUGCAGAUGCCUACAACGGGGUGGAAUGUAAUUCUUUAACAUUUUUGCAUCAAAUAACACAAGGCGAUUUAAUGGAAAAGAAAAAAUCACGACCUGAUUCUGUUGAUUGUACACCACCAGAAUUUAUUAUACCGGGAGCAAAAGAAGCACCAUUGCUUCCAUUACAACCGGGCAUUAAAAAUUUUAAAAAUCAACAAGCUCUGAAGGUUUUGACUACAUCGGCAUGGAAUCCUCCACCUGGCCAAAGAAAACUUUAUGGUGAUUUAAUGUAUUUAUACGUUAUUACAAUGGAAGACAAACGUUUUCACAUAUCUGCAUGUCCAAAAGGUUUCUAUAUAAAUCAGUGCACUGAUGAAAUUUUUAAUCCAAAGCCAGAUAGUCCAAGUCAUUUAAGUCACUCCUUAAUUGAUUUACUUUCACAAAUAUCUCCUAAUUUUAAGAGAGUUUUUCAGCAAAUGCAGAAGAAACGGACUUUGCGUCAUGCUUUUGAACGCGUUGCUACUCCUUAUCAAAUAUAUCAAUGGGCAGCUCCUCCUCAGGACCAUACAGUGGAUGCUAUACGGGCUGAGGAUGCAUUCUCUUCUAAACUUGGUUAUGAGGAGCAUAUUCCGGGACAGACGCGUGAUUGGAAUGAAGAAUUGCAGACUACUCGUGAACUUCCUCGUAAAACAUUGCCAGAGCGUUUGCUGCGUGAACGAGCCAUAUUUAAAGUGCAUGGAGAUUUUGUUAUUGCUGCUACACGUGGUGCAAUGGCUGUUAUCGAUGGAAAUGUGCUCGCCAUCAAUCCUGGCGAAGAUCCCAAAAUGCAAAUGUUCAUUUGGAAUAAUAUAUUUUUCUCAUUAGGGUUUGAUGUACGCGACCAUUAUAAAGAAUUAGGUGGCGAUGUAGCGGCUUUUGUAGCUCCUCGAAAUGAUUUACAUGGAGUACGUGUAUACAGUGCAGUCGAUAUUGAAGGGCUUUAUACUCUUGGUACUGUCGUUGUAGACUAUCGUGGCUACAGAGUCACAGCUCAGUCUAUUAUUCCUGGAAUUUUAGAGAGGGAGCAAGAGCAAUCAGUUGUAUAUGGCUCAAUAGACUUUGGUAAAACAGUACUUAGUCAUCCAAAAUACUUGGAACUUUUACAAAAGGCAGGAAAACACUUAAAAAUUUUGCCACAUUCAGUUUUGAAUGAACGAGAUGAGAAAAUUGAACUUUGUUCGUCAGUAGAAUGCAAGGGUAUAAUAGGUAAUGAUGGUCGCCAUUAUAUUUUAGAUUUACUUCGAACAUUUCCUCCCGACGUUAAUUUUCUUAUAUUGAAUGAUAUUGAACUGAGUUCUGAAUUAAAAUCGAUUGGAUUCCCAAUCGAACAUAAACACAAACUCUCAUGCUUGAGGCAAGAAUUGUUAGAAGCGUUCAUUGAAGACAGAUACGUUAGCUUCAUUCGCAAUGCUGCAACCCAUUUGCAACAACUAAAUGUCAAUAAAAACAAGACCGACAUUAAUGACGGUAAAACAAAUACAUCUGAACCAAAUAAUUCUGAACCUGUUGAAAAUAAAGAAAUUUGCGAUACUACCAAAAACUUAAAUUCUGAAAACGGAGAAAAGAGUGAAAAUACAGCAGUUGAAAAUGCUUGCGAUGCGAUCAGAGAAGCUCAAACAAAUGUGGCCACAGCAGAUGAAAAGCAAGCAGCUGAAGUUGUCAAGCGAGCUUGUGCAGCUGUAGGCUCAUUGAAAGAAAAGGAAUUUGAUUUCCGGUUUAAUCCUGAUGUGUUUUCUCCUGGAAUACGGCACGUUGAUGACUCUAAUAGUUCGAAUUCUUUAUCAAAACAAAAAAAACUUGUUCAAGAUGCUGCUGAGUUCCUAGUGACAAAACAAAUUCCUGCAUUUGUAAAAGAAUACAAAACACAUACAUCACCUCCCAUGGAUGGUACCAGUAUAACAGAAGCGUUGCACAGUCAUGGUAUCAACGUGAGGUAUCUAGGAAAAGUAAUUAAUACAAUUGCUAAUGAAUCACAAAUGGAUUAUAUACAUCGCAUAGCUGUAAUGGAAUUAAUUUUACGGGCUGCGAAACAUAUUUAUUAUCCGUAUAUGCAAAAUGCAGAUGUGAUGCAUUUAUCAUCUGCCAUCAGUCAUUUCUUAAACUGCUUGCUUACUUCGAGCCAAGGAUCAGUUGGUAAUAUUUCUGUUACCGAAGACAAUCCCAAAUCAAAUAAGCGCAACAAAAAUAAGAGCAAAAAUAGAACUAAAUUAUUGAACAAUAGCGAUUGGCAAUUACUGACUCCAAAAGCUUUGUGGCAGCAAAUAAAGAAGGAAGCUAAAUCAUAUUGGGACUAUGAUUUAAAAUGCGAUACCAUUGAAUGUUUAGUAGAAAAAUAUGCCAUACAACGAAUAAGUUUAAUGAGAGCAUUUUGUUUGAAAGUUGGUAUUCAAGUGCUUCUACGAGAAUAUAAUUUCGAUUCUCGCAAUAAACCUAUAUUCACCGAUGAAGAUAUUUUGAAUGUAUUCCCAGUGGUGAAGCAUAUAAGCCCCAGAGCUUCAGAUGCUUAUAAUUUCUACACUACUGGUCAAUCCAAAAUACAACAAGGACACUUUAAGGAGGGAUAUGAACUUAUCAGUGAGGCUCUGAAUCUUUUAAACAAUGUUUUCGGCGCAAUGCAUCCUGAAAAUGGAUCAUGUUUACGUAUGCUGGCUCGAUUGAGUUAUUUGCUUGGUGAUCCUUUGGAAGCAUUAACAAUACAACAGCGUGCAGUAAUAAUGAGCGAACGCGUAAAUGGAAUUGAUCACCCAUGCACAAUAUUGGAAUAUACCCAUUUAUCACUUUAUUGCUUUGCCAAUAGCCAGGUUAGCACAUCAUUAAAAUUAUUGUAUCGUGCAAGAUACUUGCUAUUGUUAAUAUGCGGUGAAGAUCAUCCAGAAGUGGGACUUAUAGAUAGCAACAUAAGUUUAAUUUUGCAUGCUGUUGGUGAAUAUGAACUUUCGUUGCGCUUCAUCGAACAUGCUUUAAAAUUAAACAUUAAAUAUUUUGGAGAAAAAUCAAUGCAUGUAGCUGUAAGCUAUCACUUAGUUGCCAGAACUCAGUCAUGUAUGGGCGAUUUCCGUGCAGCAUUGAAUAAUGAAAAAGAGACAUAUUCAAUUUAUAAGUCACAGUUGGGAGAAAAUCAUGAAAAAACCAAAGAAUCUGCAGAAUGUCUUAGAGUUUUAACACAACAAGCAGUGCUCUUGCAACGUAAAAUGAAUGAUAUAUAUACGAAUGGCAAACUAACAACGGGUUUACCUCCAAUACAUAUUCAGCAGCCAACUAUGGGCUCAGUACUGGAUAUGUUGAACACAAUUAACGGUAUUUUGUUUGUUCAAAUCAGUCAAAAAGAUAUUGCCAGAGUAAAAACUGAAAUCGAAAAGCACCUUAGGACGACUAAUGAGAGUGACGAAACAACUGAAACACUUAAGAAAAUAGUUAAUGGUGCCAAUGUUUUAGAUGGCUUAAAUAAAGAGACUGAACAAUCAACAGAAGAUAAUAAUGUUCAAAAUUUAAGCGCAGCGAAGAGUUAAAUAGAACAAACAAUUAAUGAUUUUUAAGUUAUAUGGAGUAUGUUAAAGGAUAUCAAAAAUUCUUUUUAGGAUAUAAUCAAUCGAAAUUUCAAUGUAAACAUAUGCAUUAAAACAACUCUUCAUGUGUAUUUACUAGACCAUAAUUCCCUUUUUAAAAAAACAAAUUAAAAUUUUAGGAUAAAUAAAAAGCAAUCUAUAAGUUAAAACAUGAAAGCGAACAAUUAAUACGGCUCAUCAACAUUAGAACGUUUUACACAUUGCAACUUAACUCUAAAUAAUACCCAUAUAUGAAACAUACAUACAUUUAUUAUUAAAAAGUAAUUCAAAGUUUAUUUAAAAAUUGUAUUGUAAUUAGACAAUGGACUAAGUUUUUUUAAUAUAACGACAUUCACGCGAUGUAACUAGUGAACACUUAAAACAAAAUGUUUCUUGGAAUAUUGGUUUUGCAAAUGCUGCAAACAAUAAAAUAAUUCAUGAAACUCCCACUUUUACAAAUUAUGUUUUUGAAAAAACGAACGUGAAAUACUAUAAGUUAUAUUCAAUGAGUUUUUUAUAUUGAAACGAACAACUAUUGCCUUUUAUAUAUAUAUUAUAAUGUUGAUUUUCAUAUUAAUAUAAACAAAAUCCAUAAAUAUAUAAAAUUAUUUAUAUAAUUUAAAUGGUUUUUUGCUUUAAUAAGAAAUCAUUUUAUGAAAUAAAAAAAAUUCAAUUAAAUAAAUAUCUAAG